AUGGUCGUUGGAGGUUUGAUGCGUUGGAACGAGAACUAUUUGCGCAGUAUUUGUAAUCAAGCGUUGAAGUUCAUUCAUAAUCACAUGGAAGAAAAAUAUUCCGAGAUUGCAGAUAAAGCUAUCACUAGAAUUCAAGAAUUUGCUGGUCCAUUUGGGCUUGCCUUAUUUGUUGGAGGUCUGAUCAUCGUUUGCGUUGCAGGAGUCGCAUUUGUUGGCCUGUGUUGCAACAUUGAUUUUUUCAUGAUUGCUGUUUUGAAAUAUGCACACAACGAACUGAAAAACGCAGUCAACAAUUACGUCUCAAUAGACAAAGGAGAUAUCAAUACAGCUCUUCUAACAAUCAUAAUGCCGUCGGUUGGUUGUUGUGGAUAUGACGGACCGGCAGACUUCAAUGCACUGGAUGCGCAUUUUAGCCAUAUCGAGACAGUUGGCAAUGUCACAUACACAGGUAUCCAAUACCCAGUCCCGUGCUGUGACUUGGCCAAAGAAUUAAAAGAUCAACAGGGCUUCUGCCCGAAAACAUUCACUCCCGAGAACAGUUUCAUUCAAUACGGUUGUAAAUCUCGGAUGGAAAUGGAGUUAUUUGACAAAGUGGCUCUGGGAUCACUGAUUGUUCUUCUCGUCAUUGCUUCCGUGCUUGCACUGACCAUCAUCUAUAUCAAGUGCUCGUAA